UACCUAACCAAAGGACUCGAAGGCUUCAGUCUCCGCCCAACUUGCGGUUAAAUUGAUUGAUUUCUCGUGUUCUCCUCUGACUCCAGAAAAACCACAUUCAAAAUGAAGCACCUCGCAGCUUACCUUCUCCUCACCCUCGGCGGCAACGCCUCUCCCUCUGCCUCUGACAUCAAGGCCGUCCUUGAGUCUGUUGGCAUUGAGGCUGACGACUCCCGCCUCGAGACCCUGAUCUCCGAGCUCAAGGGCAAGGACAUCCAGGAGCUCAUUGCUGAGGGCUCUGAGAAGCUCGCUUCCGUUCCCUCCGGCGGUGCUGGUGGCUCCGGUGCCGGUGGUGCUGCCGCCGGUGGUGCCGCCGCCGAGGAGGCCAAGGAGGAGGAGAAGGAGGAGGAGGCUGAGGAGUCCGACGAGGACAUGGGCUUCGGUCUCUUCGACUAAGCGGUCUAUCUCUAAAGACUCGCACGGUUACGACACCUCACGAAUUUCGGAGAAGCUCACGCGCACAACGGGUUGUUGGUCGACUCCUACAUGUCUUUUUUCGGCGUGCAAGGAUUGGCUGCUCAUGGCUGGAUUGGGUCUCUCUAAGGAUGGGAUAGAUACGGCAUGGGGAAUUAAAAAAGGCGGUUCGGCUCUUCGAAUACUUGGUCCUGAUUCUGUGAAUGUUGGGUGUGUGGCAUCCCUGUGAUCCUUCAAGUCAAUUUUGAUCUCGAAGGUGUGUCGCCGUCUAAGCCCUGUUACAAGGUAUAGGGUUGUUCACCUUU